UCCUCCCACAGUCCAAAGAUGUGCAGGUUAGGUGAAUUGUCCACACUAAAUUAUCCAUAGUUUUCAGGAAUGUGUGUAUUAGUCAAGGUUAAAUGUAAAGUAAUAGGGUAGGGGAAUGGGUCUGGGUGGGUUACUCUUUGGAGUGUUGGUGGGGACUUGUUGGGCCAAAUGGACUGUUUCAACACAGUAGGAGUUCUAUGAGAUGUGGAAUUAACCCCAGAAUGAUUCAAAAUUUGAUAUCUUGCAUUGUUUUCAUUUCAUGUUUCUAUUGGUUAGUCUCACCAUUAUUUUGACAGCAUGUUAAUUGUCAUCAGCCUAUAGUAAUGAGCUUACAUUCAAAGAAAUCAGCAGAAAUCAUCAAGAAAGAAAUUCCAAAUAGCAAAAUGCUUGAAUUUGUUAUAAUUCCAGCUGACGUUACUGAUGGGUAAGUAAAAUCCCAGUUUGGAAUCAGCCCUGACAGAUUUUGUCAGAAACUUUUAACAAGGUAGUCUCCACUGAAGUAAAAAUACACAAUCCUGCAGAUUUGUUUUGCAAUAAAUAAAACAGAAAAUUAUUGUGCAGAAGAACUGAAAAUAAAAGAGAAUACCCCAAACUAUCCACGUAUUUGACAUCUUCAAUGGGAUUUCACAGAUCAAACUUAAUGCCAAUGAGGAAGAAAUCAGUUAAGAGGUCCAUUUAAUUUAUGUGGUAAGUCUGAAAAAUUGGAAUGAUCUAUUCGAACCUUUCAAAAAUAGACUGGUGAUUCAGGAGGAAGAAAGUCAGAAUAAGAAUAAAGUGAUGACAACUAUCAACAUGGGCUAUUUUAAACAAAGUGAACAACAUAUUAAAUCAUCUUACUGAGUUGUCAUUUUUUGAUUAGUAUGUUAGAGUAUGUAAGCAGACAUUCCAUUGAUUACAUUCAUAAAGCAUGCAUCUUUUCAAAAGUUACCACAUCAAAUAUGGUCACAUUCACAAGAUUUGAAGGACCAUGCACUUGAUACAUUCCAAAUGUAAUUAAGAAACCGUCUUAUCAACUAGGGGUUAUAGCGAAUAUUUUGCCUGUUUUAUGUUGGUAAAAGGGAUUUCAAGAUGACUAAAGCAUAAGGCAUGUCUGUCCCCAAGCUCUAGUUUAUAUCCAAACAGAACAUUCAUUGUAACAACAUAAAUGCAUCAGUUGUCAUUUCUUGGAAUUAAAUCUUAAUUAUAAUGACUUUUAGUGUACUUUGUUAAAUAAUUGAAAGUGUUGUGUUGGAAACUAUUUCAACUCAUACAAAAACAGUAAAUAUUUCAUUCUAUUAUUGCUCAAAGCAAUUGUUAUCUGUAAAAUAUUUGUCAUAGCCUUAUGUGCAAUUACAUCAGUGCUUCACAGCAUUCUGCAUUCUUGGCACAUGGAUUGAGUCUUCACAUACUUUACUUAUCUUCAGGAACACAAGUGUAACUCCUGGACAACACAUACCAUAACAAUGGAACUGAAAAGAUGAGAUCCAUCGCCAUAAAGCAGGCAAAACCGGAAAAUUCAAAUACAUUGCCUUUAAAUUCAACUUUAACACUGAAAUGUUCUGUUAUUGUGCUUUUUUCUACACAUAAGCUUGACAAAUGGCAAUAAAAUGUAUAAUCUAGAGCUGAGAUAUAUCAGUGAAUAGGUCCUGUUGGGAUUGACUGGGAUAGAGCAAAUAAAAGCAGGCAGAAAUGCUUUUGGCACCCUCUUAUUCACCUGCCUCACAUGCAGUUCUAUUGAAGUCAGUGGAGCUGAAUAUUACAGUCGGUACAUUACAGGCACCAGAUUUUGAUACCCCAUCUCCCCAUGUUCAUUUCAGUCCCUUGGGAUUGUUCUUUCCCCUGCUAUCAAUGAAAGAAUGCACUCAGUGAAGUGAAAUGAUUUGUAUCCACAUUACAUCAGCACACAGAUGAAUCUGAGCUUGACUGACAGCAGAAAAUAAAACCUCAAGUGUCCAUUUGACUGUUCCCGCUGCAUCUUAAAGCUUCUCGUUCCUAUACAUUUUCACCACCUCAGAAUUCUUCAGACACAGAAUGUGCCCAUAUCAAUUCCUCCAUCAUUUAUCUCAAUUGAUCAGCAAGUCUGUACACCAUGAUUGACUGACUAGUCCGAACGUUAAGUCACUGUGGAAAACAGAACUUUCCACUGCCCAUUAACAAAUUCAAUGAUAAACUGCAAGCCAGUUGUCAGUAUAUUCAAACCAAUGCUGGGAAAACAUCUUGACACAAAGCAGACUGAAUUUUGCUCGGGCCCUCAAAAGCUGUACUGGUUAACUGAUAAUUUGAAAAUAGGGUUAAGAGGGUAAUUAAAUCCUGAUUAACCUGGUUCCCCCUCACAUCCCCCGCACCCCCCCCCCCCCCCCCAAACCAUCGACCAAUUCAGCAACAUGCAACAAACAGAAGCCACUGAAAACUGGUUGACUUGACACUUGUUUGCUCAAGAGCUGUUUUUCAAAACACUGCGGAUGCAGAAGUAAUUUGGGCCAGAGAAGGCCGUGAUCUGUUGAAGGAAACGUCUUGUGAAGUUUGUUGAGAAUUGGCAGCGAUGUGGUGGAAAUAAUUAGGCAUUGACCCUGGAGUGCAGAACAUGGCUGCUUGCGGUCUACAGUGCUCUUGCCAUUAGCCCGAUGUGUUCGUCAACUGUUUACAGAGUCUUCAUUAACUAAGAGGGUUGCAAGAUAAGGGGAAUUCAAGCGGGGCAUCAAUGGAUAUGAUAAGACUGUGCAUCUCUGCAAGACUGUGCAAUGAUAUUGGUUGAAGCUGCGUGCAGUAGCUCAGAACAGUAGGCGCAAGCCAAGGGAAGACCAAUUUAUUACAGAACCCGCGUUUGUUUUCGCUGUUCCUUGAGAGGUCGAAAUCGAUUGAUCCAUUGGGGGGAGAAAAUAACCUUCUGGAUCUCAGGGGGAGCCCUCAAGGUCAGAAGCGAUGCCCUGUUCUACCUGGUUCGCCGUUCUGUCCUCUCUGAGUUUCUUCGUGCAAGUUGCAACGUGCAAACCGCUGACCGGUUGGAACCUGUCCCUGGAGGGAGAGGGGUCGCAGAAUUCCCACCGUGAAGGCGUCCUGGAUGAGGACGUGGGAUUUGACUUCAACGCCUUUCUGCAGAGCGUGAAGGACGAGCUCUUGCGGACCCUGAACCUGUCGGACAUCCCAACGCAGGAGCCGCUCAAAGUGGAGCCACCGCAGUUUAUGGUCGACCUGUACAACAAGUUUGCCACCGACAGGUCGUCGAUGCCCUCCUCCAACAUCGUCAGAAGCUUCAGGGACGAAGGUACCACAUCCACUCUCCCGGCUGGAGAGAGUGAGGGGAGAAGGCACGUCCUGGUGUUUAACAUCUCCAUCCCACGGCAUGAGGAGAUCACCAUGGCCGAGCUGAGGCUCCACACCUUUGUGGAGAGAGACAGGAGGCAGUACGGAGGGGAGGACAGGACGGUGACGGUCUACGAAGUGCUGCAGCAAACCCAGGACUCUCCCCCACUCUCUCUGCUUCUCACCAAGCGGCUGGGGGCCAAAGGCAGCGGCUGCGAGACGUUCGAGGUGACCGGUGCCGUCAAGCGCUGGAUCCGCUCAGGGGUCCCCAGCCACCGGCUGGAAGUUCAGAUUGACGGCGGCGGCGGUGCUGGGCAAGGAGAGACGCCGGAGGCAGUGGGUCCUCAGGCCCCUGGCAGUGCCAGCAGCCCCGGGGAUAUGCCGCUGCUGGUGGUAUUCUCGGAUGACCGGAGCCACGGCCGGAGGGAAGCAGGAGAUGAGCUGAAGGAGCUGAUUGGGAAGGAGAGGGAAGCGCUGGCGGUGGGUUCGGGCUCUGGAGACCAAACGGGGGAUUUGCUCCGAGCCCAGGCCGCCUUCCCUUCGGAUACAUCAUCCCGGACCCGCAGGAACGCGAAAGCGGAUUACUGCAAGCGUUCCCCGCUGCAUGUGGACUUCAGUGAAAUUGGAUGGGACUCUUGGAUCAUUGCACCUAAAAGCUAUGAAGCGUAUGAGUGUCGAGGGUUCUGCCAUUUCCCCCUAACCGACCAUGUCACCCCCACCAAACAUGCCAUCAUCCAGACCCUGGUCAACCGCUCCAACCCCAAGAAAGCGGUCCGAGCUUGCUGCGUGCCUACUAAACUAGACCCCAUCUCGGUUCUGUAUAAGGAUGACGCUGGGGUGAUCACUUAUAAAUACAAAUAUGAGGGAAUGGUUGUAGCUGAGUGUGGCUGCAGAUAGUGAGAGGGAGGCUGGGUCCCACACACACACACCCUUUGUAAAUCUGUACAUUUGCGAUGCAAAUUUAUAUAUAAUUGUUUUUAUUUAAAUGUGUACAGCCGACUAGUAAGGAGCGUUACACCUUCCAAAGAUUAUAUCUUAAAGCCUCUCUGUAAAUACAUUCUACAGUAUCCUCAAUGUGAGUGCAAUAAAGGGGGCAGGGUAUUCAACGUGCAAUUCGAAUGCACAGUAUGGACACAAUGGGCCGCACGGCCUCACACAAUUCUGUGCCGCGCUUCCUGCGUUCUGUUUUAACAUCACGGUGGAGAAAUAAAAAGAAACAAUUGCUGUGUGAGUAAUCAAUUGUCUAAGCGUGGUGUGAGCCCUAGGGGGCGGAAAGUAAAGAGUGAUGGUGGGUUUAUUUAUAAUCAUUGGCAAAUCAGGUGUCGAGUGAUGAGCAGGGCUAGUUCCCAAACGCAAGUCUUAUCCGACAACAUACCACGCUGCUUUCCUCCCUCUCGCUUCUUCACAGAGUCGUUCACAGAUAACAGCACAUACCUUCUAGCAGCUGCAGCGACCCGCCAGCAAUCACUUCCUGCAAAACAGUAAAUACUUUAUCAGAAAAGAAAGGACAUUGCAUAGAUAAUCUGGCUUCUUCCAGAACACUCUCGCCAUUAGCGAGGACAUAGCGAGAGGUCAGGACACGACAGAUCAACCAGAUGCUGUCCAAACUCAGCCUGUUUCUGGGAAUCGUACCUCGCCCUCACUACCUCGUGUUGCAAACUUCAAUAAUUUUUUUUUUAAAUUUGGGAGGGGGCAAACAAAACAGAAUUGCUUCUGAAGGGUGCCCUCGCGAAAGAGGUUGUGCAAGGAAAUGUAGAAACGAUGAGCUGCGGAUUGAUGGGGGAAACUGGGGGAAAUUUUUAAGUCAAACCCCCCCCCCCCCCCCUGUCAAACGUUUCGUCCGUUUUACGAAGGUGGCCAAGUAUCGAAAUCCGUUGCAAUUUGGCGCGAAUCUAGAAUCGUUCUCCUGAGGGGUUUAAAGACAAAUCUUUCCACUCAUAAAUACACAUCGAACCGGAGGCACUAACCGUU